AACACACGUGAAGACCGAAGACACACAAGACACGAGCUGACUUCCCGAUUGCUUACUUCGCAGGCGCUUUUCAUUUAACUCUUGGAGUGUUCUUCACAAACUCUUGUCCAGACGCGAAGAAGAGGUCCCAUGAGGAUUCAAGACAGGGUUUUUUAAGUUGAUUAUGAGUUCCAGUAAACGCCAGGGUCGCGACAAGAAAGAAACCACUUCGCUCUUCGGGGAACCUGAUUUGGAUGAAACACUUUUGUCUUCAACUGUAAGGCAGUGAUGGAAGGUGGUACUUUAACCCCAUCUACAAACCGACCACAGAGGAAGAACUAUCAUGGCUACCAACCCCAGGGACAGCACUGGAUGACCCCAGAGAUAUCUGCUCAAUUGCAGGUUUGUAACCAGCUACGUAAAGCAUCAGAAGCAACAAAUAAACCCGAAGAUCACGAGGCAUACCAAGCACAAUGCAGAAAAGUGCACAGUAUGAUGGAGGAAAGCAAGGCCAGUCUUGGUUUAGUCCACUUACCUGCACUUCCUUCUCAGUAUGGUUAUGGACGGCAGAAUGAACAUGGGUACAAUGGCUAUCAGCCCACAGGCCCAAUGAGAAAUUCUAACUUCCAGCAAGGUUCUGGGAAAUAUUUUCAGGGAAAUAACAGGAAACCCAUCUCUUGUGGACCUUGCAAUCGAACAUUUUUCAAUAAGCAGAAACUUGAAGAACACCUUAAAGAGCAUGUUGAAUGCCCAUUUCCCGAGUGCAAAUUAAGUGCACAUAUCAAGGUCAUUGACCAACACAUAAAUAACCAACAUAUGCUUGUUAAUUUUGCUUCCUUACAAAUUGAUGAUGAAACAUGGAUUUCAGAGAGAAAGAAACGUUUUCCAAGUAUUCAGAGAGCAGAAUUACGAAGAGCAGAACAAAUAGAAAAACUGAAGAGGGGAGAGAAGUUGGGUUUAAAUAAAAAACCUUUUAAAAGUAAAAUCAAAAGUAUUACUAGUAAGAAUGAAAAUGAUACAGCAGGUGCCGGCAGUGCAACUACAGGUGUUAAACGAGAGCGGCCACAGAACGAGAGUGGCAAAGAUGAAGGCAAACGCAAAGGGAAAUUCAGGAGGAAAAGACAAGAACAGGAAUCAUUCAACAAGCCAUCUCAGCCAGUCAUGAAAGUAGACCUUUUAGAUUCGGAUGAUGAAACGAGGGAUGGUUUGCGUGCCUUCAGAGGAACCAAAUGCUUUUAUGAAGAAUUAGGAGAAGUCAGUUACUUUGGAAACAAGAGCAUAAAUGUUGAUAAAGAGGACUCUGCAGAACCAGAGGAGAAUAUUGUAAUAAGUGAUGAUGAGGACUGGCAGGAUGAAGACAAUAAGGCAGCAGAUACUAAAGGGGCACUUAUUUUAGGAGGUGCUCUGGGAUCUUUAAUGGGUGCAUACUCCGACUCAGAAGAUGAAAGUACUGAUGAAGCAGUUACUAGUCGAGGGAAAGAUAACCCACAGUCUGUGCCAAAGAAAAUUGAUGAAGGUUCCUCUUCAAAGGUUAAAGCAGAUGCCUCUGUUGAAGUUGCAAAGAGCCAAGAUAAGUCUGUUGAUAUUGCAGGGACCCAAGAUAUGUUAGUUGAGGUUGCAAAACAAGAUUCUUCUGCCAAUGCCGAGGUAAAGCAAGAUACAGAACAAAGAAACGAAUCUACAUGCAGAACAAGAAAUAGAAGGAUGCAACGCAAAAAGGUUCCAAAAGGACCCCCCAAACCUCACAAAUUGCCACGAAGACGUAAGACUCUCCUGGAGAAACUUCUGCAAGCAGAUAUUAUACAUGAGAGGAAUGUAAUUCUACAGUGUGUGCGAUUUGUUUUAGAGAAUAACUUUUUUGAUGGUAAAAAUAGUGUUGGUGAUAAGAAAAUAAAUGAUAGUAGUAAAGCAGAAAAGGAGAGUAAGAAAAUAAAUGAUAGUAGUAAAGCAGAAAAGGAGAGUAAGAAAAUAAAUGAUAGUAGUAAAGCAGAAAAGGAGAGUAUACAGCCACCAAAAGAAGGCAAUAGUUCACAAAUCAGUAACAUAUCAGCAAUUACUGACAAAGACAAUCAGGAAGAGAAACAUGUGACGUGUAAAGAUUUAGGACAUCAAAUUAGCAGUGAAAAUAGCAAAACUGUUAAAGGCAUAAAGAAUGAAUGUGAUAGUAAUAAGAAAGCAGCAAGGAGGUUGAAAAAGCAACUAUUAGAAGAUGAUGCAGCUCUUAGUGCCCCCAAAAGAAGAAAAAGUGAUACUGAAGAACUUUCUAAUGGUGAGGAAAUUAAAAAUGAAGUAGAAGUUAAGAGAAUGAAGUUGAGUGAAGAGGAACAGUCAUCAGUUGUGGUUAAUGCGGAUACCAUCAUCAAUGGAGAAAAAAUUGAUGAGAAGAAAGAAAGUGCAGCCAUUGAAACAGAUAGUAAAAGUGAUUCACAGAGUAAAAACAAUGAUGAGUCAAUGGCAUGUGAAGAGGUACAAGAAAAGAUAACUGACAAGGGACAAGAAAGCUUAUUAGAAGUUAAAAAAAUGAAGUUUAGUGAAGAGGAAAAGUCAGUGGAUGUGAUUAGUAAGAAUACUAUAAGCAAUGGAGAGAAAGAUGAUGAGAAAAAAGAAAGUGAAGUAAGUGAAACAGAUGAUAAUAGUGAAGAAUUGAAAGAGAGUAAUAUAGAAAUUGCAAAUCAUAAAGAGCAAAAGGAAAUGGAGAAUAACAUUACAGACUCGUAG